UGAGCUGAGCAGCAAGCGCUCAGGCCUCUAUCCUCUGAGCGCAAGCCUGAACUGUCCGACGCUCUCGCCACACCCAGAGAUGCACAUAGAACACUAAAAUACUCACGACAUGUGUGUUCGGUGGCAGGUGGGACCACAGCGUCUCUUCACGUCUUUUGGCGUCUCUUUAAAGCAGUUAUUUCAGAGAGAAAUCCCACGGUCGGAACGCGUUCUUCACGUCUGACGUCACUGAUUUUUAUUCGACGCCUUGACUGCAGCGUGAGCACCAAUUGGCUCAAAAAGCGCAAACACAAACCACGUGACGUGGAAGUGAACGCAAAUACCUGAUGUGUCAAAUGUUUGAGUGAAAUGGUGAUGUAUGAGAAGCAGGGGCGUCUGUUGUCAGAGAAAUAAAUCACGAUGAAAGGGUGAAACCGAAACAGGUGUGUGCUGCGUGACGUUUGGAAGGACAAAGCCCAGGUAACCCUCUGAUUUGCCGCGUGAAAGUCAGAAGGUGAAGGUGAUAUGUGGCAGCUAGCCGCGCUAGCUUGUAGCUAAGCUAACCUGGUUUCAAGAAACUCCGGAGAAGCAGCGAUGGCUUCAGGGCGGCAGUGACGGCGACAGGUGGUGACAGACACCAGCCAGUGUGCUCUGUGUUUACCUGCUGAUCAGGCUGGUUGUAGCAAGUGGGCGGGGGCAACGGCAGGGAUGCCUGUGGAGGGUGGAGGCAGCAGUGGCUCGGCUUCAGCUGCUCGUCAUCCCAAACAGAAGCGAAAAGCUCACAGUUUGUCCAUCCGGCGCAGCAACAGCACAGAGGAGAGGACAGCAGGUGUCCUGAGAGGAGACAUGCUGGAGGGACAGGACUCCAAGCUGCCCCUCGCGCUGCGGAACAACCUCCUGGACUUGUUCGGCCAGAUUGAACGCGAGUUUGAAAACCUCUACAUUGAAAACCUUGAACUACGAAGAGAAAUCGAGUCUCUGAACGAGCGUCUGACCGGAGACGGACAAAUAGCUGAAGGAGGAGACCCGUCCAAGGGAGCCCUGAAAGCUAAAGCCAGCCACAGCACCAGCCAGCUGUCCCAGAAGCUGAAGACCACCUACAAAGCUUCAACCAGCAAGAUUGUGUCCAGUUUUAAAGCCACCACAGGAUCCCGGGCUUUAUGUCAGCUACUCAAGGAAUACGUGGGCCACCGGGACGGGAUCUGGGACCUCAGUGUGACCCGAACUCAGCCGGUGGUGCUUGGCACUGCUUCUGCAGACCACUCCGCUCUGCUUUGGAGUAUAGAGACUGGGAAAUGUCUGCUGAGGUACGCUGGCCAUGCAGGAUCAGUCAACUCCAUCAAAUUCCACCCCACGGAGCAGAUGGCUCUGACAGCCUCUGGAGACCAGACUGCUCACAUCUGGCGCUACAUGGUGCAGCUUCCUGCCCCCCAGCCGCCUCCAGACCUCACCGCUCCAUGUGACGACGACCAGGACUCAUCGGACAGGGAGGAGGUGGACGUGGACGGAGAGGGCCCCGGUGAGGUGCCCACGGUUCGGGUCGCCACAGCAACCCUGAAGAGCCACCAGGGGGUGGUGAUUACGGCUGAUUGGUUGGUGGGGGGCCGACAGGUGGUGACUGCUUCCUGGGAUCGAGCUGCCAACCUGUACGAGGUGGAGACGUCUGAACUGGUUCACACACUCACCGGCCACGACCAGGAGCUGACCCACUGCUGCACCCACCCCACCCAGCGGCUGGUGGUCACCUCCUCCAGAGACACCACCUUCAGACUCUGGGACUUCAGAGACCCAUCCAUCCAUUCUGUCAACGUCUUCCAGGGACACACUGACACAGUGACGUCCGCUGUGUUCACGGUGGGCGACAACGUGGUCUCAGGAAGCGAUGACCGAACUGUCAAAGUGUGGGAUCUGAAGAACAUGAGGUCGCCCAUAGCAACCAUUCGGACUGACUCUGCUGUGAACAGGAUCAGCGUUUCAGCCAACCAGAAGAUCAUUGCUCUGCCACAUGACAAUCGACAAGUCCGGCUGUUUGACAUGAGCGGAGUGAGGCUGGCCAGACUUCCACGCAGCAACAGGAUGGGUCACAGGAGGAUGGUGUGCUGCACGGCAUGGAACGAAGAAAACCAGACCUGCAACCUGUUCACCUGCGGCUUCGACAGGCAGGCCAUCGGCUGGAACAUCAACAUCCCAGCCCUGCUGCAGGAGAAGUGAUGCACGCGUGGAAACUCCCAGGAGUCUAGUUUGUCAAGAACUUCAUCUGCAUCCAGGAAUACCCCGACCUUGUUCACCUCGGAACACCAACCUCAUUCACCCAGGAAUACCCUGACCUUGUUCACCUCGGAACACCGACCUCAUUCACCCAGGAAUACCCUGACCUUGUUCACCCGGUAACUCCCCGACCUCGUUCACCUCGGAACGCCGACCUCGUUCACCCAGGAAUACCCUGACCUUGUUCACCUCGGAACACCGACCUCAUUCACCCAGGAAUGCCCUGACCUUGUUCACCCGGGAACGCUGACCUCGUUCACAGGGUAACGCCCCGACCUCAUUCACCUGGUAACCCCCGGACUUCAUUCACCCGGUAAUGUCCCGACCUCAUUCACCCGGUAACGUCCCUACCUCAUUCACCUGGUAACCCCCCGACCUCAUUCACCCGGUAAUGUCCCGACCUCGUUCACUUGGUAACUCCCCGACCUCAUUCACCUGGUAACACCCCGACCUUGUUCACCCGGUAACGCCCCAACCUUGUUCACCUGGUAACACCCCGACCUCAUUCACCUGGUAACGCCCCGACCUUGUUCACCCGGUAACGCCCCGACCUCAUUCGCCUGGUAACACCCCGACCUCAUUCACCUGGUAACGCCCCGACCUCAUUCACCUGGUAACGCCCGACCUCAUUCACCUGGUAACGCCCCGACCUUGUCCACCCGGUAACGCCCCAACCUUGUUCACCUGGUAACACCCCGACCUCAUUCGCCUGGUAACACCCUGACCUUGUUCACCCGGUAACGCCCUGACCUCGUUCACCUGAGAAUGCCGAUCUCGUUCACCCAGGAAUACUGACCUUGUUCACCUGGUAACGCCAACCUCGUUCACCUGUGAACACUGUAACCCUCUGACAUGUUGAUCUGUCCAUCCACUCCCUUAUUUAAUGGCUUUCAAACAGGAAGUUGUGGAAACCAGUAAACUUUGACAUUUUGUUUUUUCUUGCCAGAACAGUAGCGGAGAACUAUCUUCUUCUGUUUCGGACUGUGUUGGCAUGUUUGAGGCCUAAAAAUGAGCCUUUUCUUCAUCCUGAACUGUUACGUGUGAAUCUGGUUUCUGCUGGUUUGUGUAGAUGUCCUCAGUUUCUGAUGCUUGUUUGAAGCUGUUCUAGAUAAAUAUGAUGUAAAUAUGAAGUCGUGGCCUGAUCCAGUGACCUGUGUUUCAGGUUGUUGCUCACCAACAGAUUCAGUGUCUUUCUGAUUAAAGGACGGAGCUCAGUGGAGACAGAUCUGGGAUUUAAUUCUUAUUAUUUUUUUAAUAUUUCCUGGAGAAAUUAAACAUAUCACAUUCAGGCCAGUUUGUCUUAAACAGGAUGUGAAGGUUAAACUGGGAGUUUUGGGCCCUUAGGUCUCAUUUUUAGAUGCUUCCAGAUUUCCAGCUUUUGUUCUGUUACUUUGUUUUAUGUUUACUGAAGAUUUCUGUCUUUAUUUUAAUCUGACGCAGAGUCAGAAGGAAAGCAAUAACAGGAAACAGCUGCACUGGAAUGUUGUGGUGGUGUAUUGGACCUGAACAUGUUGCAUGUUUGUGUUCGGAUCUGUGUAACAUGAUCCGAAGUCAACCUGUAAGUUACUGUUUUUGUUUGGACUUUUUACUUAGAAGCAGAAGCAAUAAGUCAGUCUGUUUCUGUCUUUCUUAAACACUGAAUCUCAGCUGUCUGGGCAUGUUUGGAACCGGAGCGCGCCUGGAACCGGGCUGGACUGGAUUUAAGGAAAUGCUGUUUGUUCUGCUCGUGCAAUAGAACCCAGUCCUGCUGUAAAUCUGUGAAGAUGAAGACCGGCAUCCAUGUUGUUUCUAAGUAGCAUGAAGCUGAAAGUGGAAUAAAUUGCCUUACUGUUGAAGCCGUGCAGGAUUCUUAUCCACCCGACAUCCCAGCGCUGGUUAAAGAACUAAUUGUUCUCCACAUAUGGGAUUUUUAUUCCUGCAGUGUGGUGGGAGGUCUGCUGAUGGAUUUCAUCCUGGAGGUAAUGUGAUCAUGGACUGAUAGGUUAAAUUACUGUCGGACCUAGCCUUGGAUGUAUUUCAUGUCAUCUACUCCACGUGCUUCAUUGUGACGCCUUCGUGGUCUCUUGACUCUUCCAAUAAAAAGAUGCCAUUUCCUUU